AUGUGGUCGGAUAUGAUGAUCAUUAAAGCAUCAACAAUAAUCAAUAUUGAGAGAGACGUGAAGAAGGCAUGUGGGCUUCUCAUUGUCCACGGUGCGAGGCGACACUGGCUCAAAGGUCCUGUGAAAAUCUCCGAGCACAAUGUGAAAAUUGAGGACGACGAGAUUGUUUUGGAAGCAGGCGAGCAAUACGUGCCUGUGAGCAUAUGCCAACUCGUAUUCCCACCGAAUGAAAUCAUUGAUUGCGAUCCGCCUCACACCACCCAACUCGAAUUUAUUCCCACCGAAUGA